CCUAGUCAUACAAAUUGACUUUAAUUUCAGUAAUAUAAAUUAAUCAAGGACUCUACAGCAUUUAUAAGGAUCAUACAGAAUGAAAAAGACAUUAUAUUUAUGUAUAUUCACAAUGGUUAUAAGUUUCUCGAGCAUCAAUUUUACUGAGUCUGCUAAAGGAACAACUGGUUGCGACAGUAAUCCAUGCUUAAAUGGUGCAACAUGUACAACAUACGGCAAAGGAGAUGAUGCAUGGAUGUGUACUUGUACACCAUAUUAUACAAAUCUGCAAUGUGACACUCCUAUUACAAUACCAACAACAGUACCAACAACACACCCAACAACAGUACCAACGACACACCCAACAACAGUACCAACAACAGAACCGACAACAGAACCAACAACAGUACCAACAACACACCCAACAACAGUACCAACAACACACCCAACAACAGUACCAACAACAGAACCGACAACAGUACCAACAACAGAACCACCAACAGUACCAACAACAGAACCGACAACAGAACCAACAACAGUACCAACAACUGAGCCAACAACAGUACCAACAACAGAACAAACAACAGUACCAACAACAGUGCCAACUACAGAACCCACAACUGAUCCGACAACUUGUUAUGUACAUGUGUGUGAGAAUGGAGGUACUUGUAUACGUGACCAGGAAACAGCAGUUGAGCAGUGCAUAUGUCCCUACCCCACAGGAGGAAUAUCCUGUCAACUAAACCCCAAACCAUACCACAUAAGCUCAUUCAUGAAAAUGGCAGGAAAUGAAAAAGUUCCAACUCCAGAUUGGACAUUUUUUACACGAUCCAUCCUAGAGUGUAGCAAGAAAGCUAUUUUACAUGAAGCUUCAGCGUUUAAUUUCCACACAUUGAGUGUUGAUUAUCGGCAUACUUGUGAAGUCAUUAUUGACUCAGGGAACUUAAGAGUACCAUCUACAAAUUGGAAUUAUUACGAGCUUCGCUGAAAACUGAAGAUUAAAAAGAUUUAUGUGGCGCACGCCUGGUCAUCGAUCGCCAACCUGCAUAGAUGGACAGAUGCAUGCAU